UCAUAAAUAAAGUACAUUUACAUAUUAAUUUGUAACCAAACCGAUUUACUACCACUUAUGUGGAUGGGACUAUUUUCGUCUUAUUAUGUACUUGAACCAAGCUAUGGACUGUAGACCCAACAUUGUAGGCGUGAUUGGCGGAAUCGAUUCAGAUGAACCACUGAUAUGCUUUUCUGAACCUCAAGAGAAAGUAUGGGCUUCAUCCGCUGUGACAGAUGUCUCGAGUUGUGUGGCAAGUGGAAGCGGUGAUGUCUCAAGCUCAUUUAGUGGUAAGUUUAACUAUUUAGCCAGAUUAUGGGUGAAAACGAAAUGGAAUUGGAGACAAGUAAACAAUGACUUGAAUGUAAAACUUAUACGGUACCAAUUUUGAUGCACCAGAUGCGCAUUUCGACAAAUAAUGUAUCCUUAGUGAUGCUCAAACGAAAUGUUUGAAAUCCGAAAUAACAGUGAAGGUUUAGAGCUAUUAUAGGGAAGAACAGUGUGCCAAAAAAGUGGAGUCAGAUUCGUCCUAGGAUAAGACCUAUGCGUGAGGGAGAUAAUCCUUUAUUUUGAAAUGAAUUUCUAAAUUUUAUAACAGCAAUUAAAUAUACAUCCGUAUUUUCAAGCUAGUAACGAAGUACUUAGCUACUGGGCUGUAGAGACCCUCAAGGACUAACAGUCCACCAGCAGAGGACUCGACCCAGGGGUCAUAAUGUAAAAUUAUCAAUUGAUAUAAUAUGAAACAAAAUGUUAUAAUCAUGCUAAUAUUUUAAUACACAAUUAGACGAUCUACGGAGGAAAGGAACAAGAAGAACAGAGACAAAGAGAUAUAUUGUCGAGUAUUUGGAAAUAGAAAACAUUAAGCUGGAAAAUGCAAAACUUGUUCUAGAAAUGAAGAAGCUUGAAUUGGAACAGAGAAAAUUAGAGGCAGGGGAAAAGAAAUUUCAAACUGAAAAUCAUUUAACUGAAUUAAAGAAAUCCAAUUUGAAUUAUAAAUUAAAUGCGGAAUUUCCUGAGUGCAUGUUACAUGUAAACUCAGCUUACAUGUAGUCAGGAAAGACCAAACACAUCUUCUCAAAAGAAAAACGACCAGAAAUGAAAAAAUAAUUUGAUCACUAAUGUCAUUGUCAUUGUUUUUAUCAGAUAUAUAGGACAUUACUUCAGCUAAUAUUCAGAUACUGAAUAUGCUUGAGGGAAAUUUCGAGGUUGCUAUAAAGCUAACCUUAAAUAUCUGAGGAUUUCCUCAAGAUUAUCACUUGAGGAAACCCCAAAUUUAUGUGGUGACGGUGACUUGAGUGUGAAGUUAAAUAUUUGAGGGAAAACCUUAGAGUUGAGGCUGAGGAAUGAGUUGAGUGAUGUUGGUGACGGCGGGGCCAGGGAGAUAUGGCAUUCGACAUAAAAACAAAACGAGAAAAUUAAGAGUCUCUUCUGGGGGCAUAUUUCAAUCUUUUGCAUCUAAGAAAUCCUAAAUUAUUCCUCUUCUUCUUUUCAUUUAUGUGGAUGGAAACAAACUUCGUAUGCAAGGAAACCAAGUGUACAUGUGUUUUAAUGAUAUUAUGGUCACUUUUACUACGAUUCACAAACACGUGAACACUUGAAUUUUGAGGAAUGAGGAAAAUUCAUAACCGUGUGAAAAAUACUUGAGAUCAUAAAAAUGUUGAUCAAAUGUCAUUCACGUAUGGUACUAAUAUGAAAUCACAUCGCAAAAGAAAUAAUUUUCCAAACUCUUCAAAUUGUUAAAUGGAUAGAUGGAAUGUCAUACACGCGUCAUGUUUUGUUUGUGUAUUAUCAAGAUGUAUCCUUGCUCAAACGGAUACAGCUUCGCUAGAUGUUGCCAUUCAUACGAAGUGUAAGGUAUGGAAUACCACACUCAAGAAAUGCACAGAAUGCGAUGUAGGAUUCCAAGGUGACUACUGUCAGAUGGCCUGUCGUUAUCCGAACUACGGAAAUCAAUGUCAAAUGUGGUGUAACUGCGAGGAAUGGAACUGUAGUUUUGUUACUGGAUGUGAGGAUGGUUCACCAACAAUUUCACCAAGCACCACGGAAACUUCAUUCCCCGUAUAUUUCAUGACUAGAACUCUUAAAGCAUGUCGCUCUGGAUACACCGGGUCUGACUGUGAAUUACCAUGUCGGUAUCCAGGUUACGGGAUCAGCUGUCAGUUACAAUGUGAAUGCGAGAAGAAUCGUUGUCAUCAUGUAAAAGGAUGUGAAACCUACACCCACUGCAGACAGAGUGAAAGUCACAGAAAAGAUGUUCUAAUGUACAGUACCCUGACACUAGGCGUGGUGUCAGUCAUUCAGUUUGCAGUUUAUAUUUUUCUUGUAAUCUAUUAUCAAUAAAUAUUUACAGAAUAAGUC